AUGUCUUCAGCAGCUUCUCCUUCCCGGCAAGCUGCCAUAGCAGCUUAUCGUAAUCUCUUGCGUACACAACGUCAAGUGUUUGGAGAGGACAUUCGAGCGAUCCAAGCUGCUAAGAAGGAGACACAUUCUCGGUUUAUGCAGUACAAAGACGAGAGCAACGUUGAUGUUUUGGAAGAGAAAUUGAAACUGGCUGACCAAGUCAUCAUGUUAUUAAGACAUAAUGUGGUUCAAGGUAUCCCUAAGGAUGACAAUACAUUUGAAUUACGCAUCACCAAAGAUACAGAACUUGGAGAUAAUGAAUCGAUCAAGCUGGCAAAGGGCAGUCAUCGCAGGAACCGGAAAAAGGCUGCUGUCCAAGGAUGCUGUGGAAGUAAAUAG